UAGUCACAACCAGAUUUACCCACAAAGCUUUGAGAAGUGUGGGCGUGUGUGAAGAGAAAUGUGAUUCACUGACACAUUUGUUUAUACAAAAAAGAGAGAGUGUUGCCAUGAAAUACAAUGCAGAGAGAAGCUGUGGUGUAUAAUAACACAAGUCAAACAAACAAAAGGAUCCAUCACCAUUCACUACCCAAUCCACUCUAUAACUGUUAGAUAGAUAGAGAGAGCAGAGAAUAGCAUUGCCAAUUAUAGAGUAUUUUCUUUCUCUCUCAAACAAUCCACAAUAUUGCCAUUCUCUGUCUCUCUCCUGUAAAAACUCUUCUUUUCCUCACCAACAAGAUCCAUCUGUCCAUCUCUGCGUUCAGCUUCUGUACAUCAUUUUUUUGUCACUCUCCUUAUAAUCCAUGGCUACUUGUAGCAGUUUUCAAGAAAUAUUUGAGAAACCAUUGCCAGAGAACCCAACUCUUAUCGAGUCAUUAGCUUCAUCAUGGAAGAAAAUUAAAGCCAAACAACAAGCUGAGCUUUGUUCCUAUACUGAAAUCUUCGGUGAGCUUCAUUUCAAAGAGAAUCUUGAUUCUUCCUCGUAUUCAUCUUCCGAUCAUCUUCCUUCUACACCGAUGGAUGUAUUUGCGCUUCCUGAAAAUGAAAAGGUUAUUGAUCAGACCAAUAACAAGUACAUAUUUGAAAACAUAUUCGAAAACAAGAAGGAAUCAUCUUUGAGUUCAUUGUUCGGCAUGCCAAAAACUCAGUACUCAAGUUCUGCAAAUACCAGUAACAGUGGGUUCUCAUCCAAGAAGCCAGAAAGUUUGAAGCUGUGCACUGAGGGACUUGGAUUUGAAAGUUCAGAUGAAGUCGAGAAUUCCAAAAGCCAGAGUGUUGAUGACUGGCAAGGCCAUGGAAACGAGGUGGUGACUGUUGAAACUGAUUCCUCAUCUGAUAAUCUGAGUGAGAUGGGCACAACAAAAUAUCCAUCAUCCGGUAAUCUUAGCAAGGGACAUAUCAUCAAAAACUCAUCAUCUGAAAAUUUGAGUGAUAUAAGGAGGACGAGGUCACUAGGCAGAAACUUUCCUCCACCGAUUUCUUGCAUAGGUCGGAAUGGAAAACCUUGGGUUUGUUUAAAAUCUUUUAGGUACAGCGGAAGAUUUGUUCUCAAGGAGAUCAAAAUUCACACCAAGGAGGUUUUACAUGCAUGCAGAGAAGAUGGACGCCUAACGUUGCACCUUGUAGUUCCUAAUGACGAGGAAAUACUCGAAGAAGGAGAGGAAGAAGAGCUUGAAGAAGAAGAAAAUGUUGCUGCUUAUGAACAAGAGGGGGACGAAAGAAAAGAGGAGAAAAAGAAUGAUGAAUUUAUCAAAGACGAAGAAAAUCAAUAAUGGGUUUUAAUAUUCCUAUUCAGCUUCACAGAGAUACCAGAAAUAAAGAUAGAAGGAAGUAAUAAAUCUAUGUUAAGUGUUUGUCGAGUUCGGUGGUUGAGUUUUUCUUUUCCUUUCUAGUUGUCAGACAGUCAAACAUAGAACCAAAUAAUAAGAGCUUAAUUGCAAAUUUGCAUAAACAGAAAAGUGAAACCUUAGAAAAACUAGUGUUCGAAGAGCCAUUUUUGCAAUGGCCUGGUAUAAAGUUUAGCUUUGGUUGCUUUUCUGAGCUGCUAGAGAAAACUAUUAUAAUCAACUAAUAAUGGCUUUCUUUCUCAGUAUGUUCUA